CGUCCCCGCCAACACCAUGGACAAGCGCACCUAUCUCAAGAACGCCCUCGCAAAGAAUGAGCCCGGAAUCGGCAUGUGGCUUACGUGAGUACAGGCUUGUCGAAAGGCCGGCAGUAGCGAACUGCAGGGCAGUGUAGACGGCUGGCGCGAAGGAGCGGCGCUGAUCUGAAGCCUUGGAGGUUCGGCCCUUGCCAAGACCUGCGCGACUAUCCCCGGCUUCAACUGGAUGCUCAUCGACGCUGAGCACGGCCAGAUUACGGACAAGGACUACUUUGAUCUUUGCAACCACAUCACGGCCGAGCGCAUCUCGCCCAUCAUCCGCAUCCCGUCGGACGAGGCGUGGAUGAUCAAGCGUGCCCUCGACUCAGGCGCGCACGGCAUCAUGACGCCGAUGUGCCAUGAUGCCGCGACCGCCAAGCGCAUUGUCGACACGUCCAAAUUCGCGCCUGUUGGUACCCGGGGCUGCGGCUCACCCUUCACCCACCAGGUGUUUGGCGUCAAGGAGGGCGAGUACGAGACAACGUGCGAUGACAACCUUCUCGUCGUCGUGCAGAUCGAAUCGGCCGAGGGCGUCAAGAACGUUGCCGAGAUUGCCGCUGUCCAGGGUGUUGACGUCCUGUUCUGUGGGCCAUUCGAUCUCGCCAAGAGCAUGGCAGUCCCCUUCGGCUCCGAGGAGCAUGAAGCGGCGAUAUCUAAGAUGCUGAAGGAGGCGCACGCCGCGGGUAAGAAGGCUGCGAUUUUCUGCACCUCGGGCGCACAGGCUGCGGGGCGGCUCGCCGAAGGGUUCGACAUGGUUUCGAUCUGCGAGGACACUGGCUCAAUCAUUGCCGAGGUCUCGCGGCAGCUCGAGGCGGUGAAGAAGGGAAGCAAGUGAUAGUUUCGGCCCAGUU